CCCAUGUGUGGUACAUACAGACCCCCUUGGUUUAAGAUUUUUCUUUGCUAUACUACAAGACAGUUCAAUCAUGCAAUUUUUUUCAGUCUUGGUCGUUCUAUAAUAUUUUCUUACUGUUGAAGUAUUAUAUAAGUCUGAACCAUGAACCAGAGGAGUGUCUACCUUAAACAAACAAGAUUGAAAGAUAUCAACAUUUGGGUACCAAAACAUGGCAAAGAGUGACACAGAGGUUGAUCUUGAGAGGGGCAAUAGCAGCACAACCGAGGAUCUAAAGACGACAAGAUCAUUGCCUAGCAUGGGCGUGACAAAUUCAGUCUCAAGUUGUGAUUACAUGAACAUUGAACUUCAGAAAGCUGCUACCGAGGACAAUGUGAAAAAAUUCAAAGAGGUGCUUGAUGAACUUUCAGAGAAGCAGGAGCAGACUAUGCGAUCAAUUCUUGAGACUGUAAGUCCAUUUCACAACACAUUACUUCAUGUAGCUUCAAUCCAUGGUAGUAAAAACAUUGUAGAACUAAUAGCUCCACGGUCUCCACCAACGCUUAAGAAGACAAACUUAAGAGGUGAAACAGCUCUUCAUACUGUUGCAAAAGCAGGAAAGUCAGACAUUGUGUUAAGUCUAAUUAAACUACAAAAGGAGUCUGCAUGUUCCGAUGAUGAUGAAGAUCAGAAUUUGUUUAAAAUGAGUAAUGUGGAUGGGAACACAGCUUUGCACGAGGCGUUGAUACAUGGACACCACGAUAAGUGGGUUAUAGAUUUGAUUAAUGCAGAUCCGGAUGUUUCAUUUUGUGUGAACAAGGAAGGUAAGUCUCCUCUGUAUCUAGCUGCAGAAGCUGGGUACUCUGAAUGUGUGAAAGCUAUGAUGGAGUCAGAAGCAUAUAAGAGAUAUACUUGGCCCUGUCAGAAUAGUACUGCCAAAGAUUAUCAAAUCUCUCCAUCGGCCGUUGAGGUUGUAGAUGAUCAGAAGGACAUGAAGAACAAGGAUGAGGUUGGAGAUGAAAAGAACAACACGAAGAAGAAUGAUGAGGUUGGAGAUUAUCAGAAGAAUGAUGAAGCAACCAAACAAGAUGGUGUGCUGCAAGUGAAGUCACCCAUACAUGCUGCUGUAGUUUAUGCUGCUAACAAAAAGAAUUCAGAUCUCCUGAACUAUAUGUUGGAUAAGGAGCCAAAGUUCAUCGAUUUAAGAGAUGAAGAAGGGAGAAGUGCACUUCACACUGCAGCAUAUUUUGGUUAUCUUGAAGGUGUCAAGUGCUUCCUAAAGAGAGAUCCUCAAGCUGCUUUUCAAAGGGACAAUGAUGGAUUCUUUCCAGUUCAUUCUGCAGCAGCAAGAAAUCAUGUUGACGUGAUUAAAGAGCUCCAACCCCAUUGCCUACAUCUUGCAGAGAUGCUUAGCCAUAAUUACCAGAACAUUCUACAUUCUGCUACAAAGAAUGCUUGCAUCAAUGUAGUUUCAUAUGUUCUUAAAACUCAAGAGUUGGAGAAGCUAAUAAACCAGAAAGACAAGGAUGGAAAUACACCCCUGCACUUGGCCGCCAUCGGUUGUGAUCCAGUAUGCGUCAUUCUCUUAACAAGGGACAGCAGAGUGGAUAAGAAAUUGCUCAACAAUAAAGACUGGACAGCACUCGAUGCUUGCAGAUAUCUCAACGAGCGAUUUUUCUUUCGGCGCCUGACAGUAAUGGUGCUAAAGAAGUCUGGAGUUAAACCAUCUCCAACUGGGAAGCCAAUUGACAACGGAGCAAACAGUACUAACAAAGAUGAGGACAAAUUUAAGGGCAUAUCAAAUGCACUCCUAGUGGUUGCAACGCUAGUCGCCACUGUGACAUUCGCAGCAGGUUUCACAGUGCCUGGAGGUUAUAAUGACUCAGGCGAUGAACAGGGUAUUGCUACUAUGUUGAGGCAAGCCACUUUCCAUGCAUUCAUCGUCUGCGACACAGUAGCCAUGUAUAGCUCCAUCAUUGCUGCAGUGAUCUUCACUUGGGCGCAAUUAGGUGGCGAAAAUUUGGUGUCUUUUGCUUAUCAAUUAGCAUUGCCAUCGCUGGCUCUUGCGUUAAAUAUGAUGUCCUUUGCCUUUAUUUUUGGUAUAUAUGUGGUGGUAAGUAAACUAAAUUGGCUUGCCAAACUUGUUUUGGGUCUGGGUUUGUGCUUUCAGUCUACUAUUGUGCUGUCAUUCCUUCUACUGUGCUUCUCUGUCAUUGCAGACUGGAGUCUCAUCGUACUCCUUAAGAUUUGUAAUUGGGUUGCCUCGAUAAUAUAUACAUUCACCGACUCCGGUUGUGGAUCGACCCAAAAUGCAACAACAACAGUACUAACAAAGAAGUCUGGAGUUAAACCAUCUCCAACUGGGAAGCCAACCAACAACGGAGCAAACAGUACUAACAAAGAUGAAGACAAAUUUAAGGACAUAUCAAAUGCACUCUUAGUGGUUGCAACGCUAGUCGCCACGGUGACAUUCUCAGCAGGUUUCACAGCGCCUGGAGGUUACAAUGACUCAGGCGAUGAACAGGGCAUUGCUACUAUGUUGAGGCGAGUCACUUUCCAUGCAUUCAUCGUCUGCGACACAGUAGCCAUGUAUAGCUCCAUCAUUGCUGCAAUGAUCUUCACUUGGGCGCAAUUAGGUGGGGAAAAUUUGGUGUCUUUUGCUUAUCAAUUAGCAUUGCCAUCGCUGGCUCUUGCGUUAAAUAUGAUGUCCUUUGCCUAUAUUUUUGGUAUAUAUGUAGUGGUAAGUAAACUAAAUUGGCUUGCCAAACAUAUUUUGGGUUUGGGUUUGUGCUUCCAGUCGACUAUUGCGCUGUCAUUCCUUCUUCUGUGCUUCUCGUUCAUUGGAGACUAGAGUCUCAUCGAAUUCUUUACGAUUUGUAACUGG